AUGGAGCACUACUUCCUCGUUGACGCGGCGAGCGGGAAGCGGGAGCUGCUGCGUCCGGGGAAGAACGUCAUUGGCCGCAGCGCCGCCGUUUCCGCGGUCGAGGGCGUCUCCUUUGUGAGCCUGGAGUCCCCCUUCGCCACGAUCAGCCGGGUACAGGCGGUGAUUGAGGUGGCCGGCAACGGCGAUGUGUGGCUCUCGGACUGCAACAGCACCAACGGGACGUUUUUGGCCGUCAACGCGGGCCACGGCAUUCGCCUCGAGCCGCAGCGCUCCUACCAACUGAAGCCGGGCAACCGCGUCAUCUUCGGUGACGUCGAGAUGCGCCUCGAGACGGGCGCCUGCGCGGCAGGUGACGCGUGUGACCAGAGGAGCGGUGCCACGCCGCUCUCCGCGCCGUCGUCGCCGAACGCGUCGUGCCCCACAAACCUCAGCGGCACACACAGUGAGAUUCUCUGCGCCUCUACGGAUACGCGGGUUGCCGCCACGGCCGCCAUCCACAGCCUCCUCGAGCGAGCUGGCGACCCUGCGGAGACGGGGGCAAAAGGGGCAGACUUGGAGGGCUCCCACGGGUGCGUGCCUGACGAGCGCGCGGGCGAGGGUGUUGGUCUUCCGCCCUCUCUGGGGACGUCCCCUACGCCGGGGAAGAAGCGUCGUCGAGUGGAGCGCGAGACAACCCCGCCUCGAGGCGCCGCCAGGCCCGUUUUCUCUCCUCUUCGUGCGAGGUGGGUGUGCUUCUCCGGCAUGGACGGCACGGAGAAGGCGCGGGCGCAGAAAUUAGCGAAAAAACUGGGGUGGCAGACGACUGACAAAAUCACUGACGCGGAUUUGCUCGUCGUCGGCUCCCCGGUGGCGAGAACGCCAAAGCUCCUCGUCGCCGUUGGGCGGGGAAUUCCUGUUGUCACGGAAAACUUUUUAGAAAAUGGGGAUACGGCCCAGCUGGAGAAGUACGUGCCGGCGCUGAGUCACGGCUCCCGCACCUACAGCGCGGCAAGUCUGCGAGAGGUUAUUUUUCGCCCCGGCAAGACCCCCGUUUUGCAGGGAAUGUCGUUUCACUUGGGUGCGCUUCCGCAGAAGGUGCGGGGGGUGGCGCGGGAGGUCAUCUUGGGCUGCGGCGGGGAGGUUGCGCGGACGCAGGCGAAGGGGGCGCGCGUCCUCACCGAGGAGAGCCUCGACAAGAUCUACGACGGCGUACUGCGCGGGGAUGCGUCGUGA